UUUCUCUUUCUCUCUUUCCCUAGCCUUACAGUGUGUUCUUUGGCCUUUUAGAGGAGGGGCCGGCGGUGGCGGUGGUGAUGGUGGUGGUGGUGGUGGUGGAGGCUUAGAUUCUUACUCAGUUCGCACUUCAACGGCUGUAAAGUUAGACCCUUUAAACCUUUUUCAUGUCCUCAUUGCUUAUCCUGUUCCUUUCUUUUUAAGCUAACUUUUCCCCUUCUUUCCCCCCCUCCACUCUACUGCUAAUCGAAAUAUAAAUCUGGGUUUCUUUUUGACUGCUUGCUGCUAGAUUUUGUUUCCCUUUUUGUUAACUAGUAUAUCCAUUCUUUAAUAAAGGUUAAACCAUAUUUACUUCAGUUUAUCUGCUUUCCUCGAAUCAGAACUUUUCAAACCAGUUUCUUAGUAUCUCCGGUUGCUGGAUUUGCUUGGGGAUACAAAAAGGUUAAAAAUUUAGUUGCAAAGGGAGCAGAGAGGGAAUACUAUGGGGUGGGUUUCAGUACAGGAUAGAGUUAAUAUUGGGUUUGCAUGUUUGUUUAUGGUGGUUUGGAGUGUGAGUGGAAUCGGUGUGAACUGGGGGACACAGUCAACUCACCCUCUUCCCCCGGACAUCGUGGUAAGGUUGCUGAGAGAAAAUGGGUUUCAAAGAGUGAAGCUUUUUGAUGCAGAAUAUGAUACGCUUAAAGCUCUGGGCGGGACUGGGAUUGAGGUCAUGGUGGGUAUCCCAAACGACAUGCUCGCCACCGUGGGUGGCAGCAUGAAGGCUGCUGAGAAAUGGGUUGCUAAAAAUAUCACCCAGCACAUCACUUCCAAUAAUGUCAACAUCAGAUACGUGGCUGUCGGAAAUGAACCUUUCUUGGAGACAUAUAAUGGAAGCUACCUUGGAAUAACGUUCCCUGCUCUUAGGAACAUCCAGGCUGCGCUGGUCAAAGCCAGGCAUAACAACCAAGUCAAAGUCACCGUUCCCCUCAAUGCUGAUGUUUAUGCAAGUUCAAGCAGCUUGCCAUCUGAUGGGGACUUCCGCGCCAACAUCCAUGACUACAUGCUUACAAUCGUCAACUUCUUGAGUGUUAGUGCUGCUCCCUUCACUGUGAACAUCUAUCCCUUUAUAAGCCUCUAUUCUGAUCCCAACUUCCCUGUCGAGUAUGGAUUCUUUGAUGGCAAUGCGACGCCAAUAAAUGAUGGUGGAACACUAUAUACCAACAUGUUUGACGCCAACCUCGAUACCCUUGCUCAUGCAUUACAAAGGAAUGGAUUUGCAGAUUUGCCCAUUAUAGUAGGGGAGAUUGGAUGGCCCACCGAUGGAGAUAGAAAUGCUAACUUAGAGUAUGCUCGACGGUUCAAUCAAGGUUUUAUGUCUCAUAUUGCAGGUGGGAGAGGAACCCCAAUGAGACCUGGGCCGAUAGAUGCAUAUUUAUUUAGCUUGAUCGAUGAGGAUGCUAAAAGCAUUGCUCCGGGAAAUUUCGAACGCCACUGGGGGGUUUUUACUUUUGAUGGGCAGCCCAAAUACCCUCUGAACCUUGGCACUACAAACUCGGGAACUUUAGUUCCUGCAAAAGGUGUACAAUACCAGCAGAGGAAGUGGUGUGUGAUGAAGCCGAAUGCCAAACUCGAUGAUCCAUCAGUGGCACCGAGCGUGAACUAUGCAUGCUCGUUGGCUGACUGCACUUGCCUUGGUUACGGUACAUCUUGCGGAAAUCUCGAUUCUAGGGGGAACAUUUCCUAUGCCUUCAACAGCUACUUUCAGCAGAAUAACCAGCUCGAUAUAGCCUGCAAAUUUCCAAACGUUUCGAUGAUCACGAAAACGGAUCCCACUCCCAUUGGUGGAACUUGCAAGUUCAAUAUAAUGAUUCAGCCCUACUACGGAUCCGCCGAACGGAGGCAGUCGGGACUGGUUGCUUUUCUUUUCCUCAUUUUGGUGUUGGGUCUAUGAGAAUUCAUAGGAUUAUAAGUGAGGUGUCUGUCAUUCUACGAACUAUUCACUUGAAGGUGCACUGGAAUCUUGUUAGAGAAAUGAUAUUAUGUUGCACUUUGAAGCUAUUCAACUUCUGUAAAUCAUCUUCUCUGACUUGUUGCUUCAACGCUCCUUUUAUUUUCCAGCAAUAUUGGCAUA